GUAGUGAGUGAUGAACUGGUCGUUUUGGUUUUUACCCCUUUGGAAGUUGUUGAUUUUGAACUGUUAGUAUCUCCCAAAGUCUCAAUCCCACGUAAAACAGCAAGAAAUCCAGCAGCUAAUUGUCGAAUCUUCGACAUGGAGAGCAGCGACGAAGACGAAGAUUUCUCAUACCAUGAAGGCAUAAUCCCACAAUCUAAGAUCAAUUCUCUUUACCAAUCCAACACUGAAAAGGGAAUCAGAAAACUAUGUUGUGAGCUGCUGGAUCUGAAGGAUUCAGUGGAGAAUUUAUGUGGAAAUACAAGGGCAAAAUACUUGGCCUUCCUAAGAUUAUCUGAAGAAGUAAUUGAAAUGGAACAUGAACUGACUGAGCUUAGAAAGCACAUUUCUGCCCAAGGAAUUCUUGUACAGGAUCUAGAGAGUGGUGUAUUUCAUGAGUUAGAUGAGUGGAUAAAAGUUGUUGAACAAGAUGCGCCUGAAAUGCAAUAUGAUGAGCUAGAUGAUCUGUUCUGUAAAGACACCUAUGAUGAGAAAAAAAUAUUCUUGGAAAAGAUUGAUCUCCUCUUGGCUGAGCACAAACUACAGGAAGCUCUUGAAGCUUUGGAUGUGGAAGAAAAAAGCUCUCCGCAUCUGAGAAGUGCUGGAGACACUUCAUCAAAUGUGUCCUAUAAAUCAGCUUUCUUGAAAAGGAAAUCCAUUCUUGAGGAUCUGCUUGUUGGAAUCAGUGGUCAAUCUUCAAUUGGCGGUGUUGAGCUGAAGCAGGCUUUAUUUGGUCUGCUGAAACUUGGAAAAGGACCGUCAGCUCAUCAGAUACUACUCAAAAGAUAUGCUUCCCGACUCCGAAACAGAUUUGAGGCUUUUAUCCCUUCAUGUUCCCUUUAUCCAGAGACAUACCCAGCUACUUUGUCCAAAAUUUUGUUUUCAUUUAUCUUAUUAGCUGCAAAAGAAUCCCACUCAACAUUUGGUGAUGAUCCUCUAUAUAUAAACAAAGUGGUUCAAUGGGCAGAGGGGGAAAUUGAGUCUUUUUUGCGGUUAGUCAAGGAGCAGAGUCCUUCAUCAGAAACUCUUACUGCACUGCGUGCAGCUAGUGUUUGUGUUGAGGCUAACCUCAAGAAUUGUGUAAUACUGGAAGAACAAGGCGUGAAGCUCUCUAAGUUACUUAUGGUACUUUUGUUGCCUUAUAUGGAAGAAGUAUUGGAGAUGAACUUUAGAAGAGCCAGACGAGCGUUUUUGGACACUGCUGAAAAUGAUGGAAGUUCUAUGCUAUCUCCUCAGUUUUUGUCUCCUUUGUCAGUUUUUUCAGCCUCUUCAGAUGCUGCUCUCAUUAGAAGUGGAGUGAAGUUUGUAGUUAUUGUCAAAGAAAUAAUUGAUCAGCUGACACCCUUGGCCAUUCUGCAGUUUGGUGGUAAUGUUUUGAGUAGAGUUUUGAAGUUAUUUGAUAACUAUGUGGACCUUUUGAUGAAAGCUUUACCUAUGGUUUUGGAGGAUGAUGGUAUUACAGAGCUAAAGGAGGAUCUGCCCUUCAAAGCUGAGGCAGAUUCACAGCAACUUGCUCUUUUAGGGGUUGCUAACACUGUUGCUGAUGAACUUCUACCAAUGGCAUUGUCAAGAAUUUGGAAUGCUAAAAUGGAAACUAAUGAUCCCAGUACUGGAUCUCUUGAGAGCAUCUUGUCUAUAGGAGGUAAUGUUGCUGAGUUCAAGGAUUGGAGACGUCAGCUCCAGCUCUCUCUAGACAAGUUAAAGGAUUAUUUUUGCCAGCAGUAUGUUUGUAACUUCAUUUAUACUAGAGAGGAGAAAGCAAAACUCGAUGCCAGAAUUUAUGUUGAUGUAGAAGGGGAGGUUUUACCUUGGGACUCAGAUCCACUUCCUUCACUUCCAUUCCAGGCUUUAUUUGCUAGGCUACAACAAUUAGCUAUUGUUGCUGGGGAUGUAUUGCUCGGAAAACAGAAGCUUCAGAAAGUUGUGCUGGCAAGGCUGACUGAAGUGAUAGUCAUAUGGCUGUCUAAUGAACAGGAAUUUUGGGUCGUAUUAGAGGACGGGUCAGUGCCAUUAAAGUCAUCUGGAUUGCAACAGUUGAUUCUUGAUAUGCAUUUUACCGUUGAAAUCGCACGUUAUGGAGGCUUUUUUUCGAGAAAUGUGCUACAGCAAGCAUCUGGAAUUAUUACUCGUGCAGUCAAAACCUUUUCUGCAAAAGGCAUUGAUCCGCAAAGCUCACUUCCUGAGGAUGAAUGGUUCUCCGAGGCCGCCAAGGUUGCUAUAACAAAACUUUUACAUGCAGCUUCUGGAUCAGAAGCGGAAGAAGCAGAAGACGAAUCUGUGUUACUUCAUCAAGAACCAAUCGUAUUUCUUCAUCAAGAACAUAUCGUGUCAGAUUCGGAUGACUCAAUUUCCUGUCCGUCAACCACAGAUUCCUUUCAUUCAUUUGUGUCAGCAGAAAUGGGUGAUCCAGACAGCCCUUCACAUAGUUUUUGAUUCUGUGAGCUGAAAUUUCGCCUGAAAAAUGUAUCUUUACGCUCGCAAUUGGAGUGGUGAGGGCUGUGUGUCCUUGGACUAAACGAAGCUGUGUAUGUUGUAUCAUUAUACGCUUCUCAGUAGUAAAAUAUGUCGAUAUUAGUUGGUACUCUUUCGAAUUAAUUGAUGACUUGCGAACGCUACUUUUAUAAGCAUAUAUGAUUUUAUAGGGUCACAUACAA